UCAUAGAAAUUAUAUUUUGAUCAUCGUUAACAUAGAAAUUUAUUACUAAAUAAGACUAAUUUCGAGUAAUUUAGUCUACUGAAUAGAUAUCAAGAAUCCAACUUUAUACGUUCAAGUCUAAGCUUUGUUGGAUAAAAAUAAAAUAUAUUUUUUUGUUGAAUCAUUUGUAUAUGCAAAAUAAAAUUAUAAUUUUAUCUAACAUAUUUACUAUAGCUUCAACCAAACUGAAAUAAAAAAAAACAUAAGAUUCCAGUUUGUUUCGGGAAUCAUUUUCAACAAACCAACCCAAAUUAGUUUUGUAUGAAGGCACUGUAUUCACUAACCACCGGUCACUGAUCAGCCAAAUUGGGGAUUGGGGUAUUUGUUAACUAAUGGAGUUUUAUUCCACACAUUAUUAGAUCAAAUUUAGUGCAAUUGGCGAAUGGACAUAUUCAUAUGACAUUCAUAUGAAAUUCAUAUCUCUAGUCAAACCAAGAGUCCAACGUUUAUUUCCUAGCAGUUUCAACCUGAUAACAUAUUUACAGAAUGAAAAUAAAUUCUGAAUAUUAAAAUAAACAACUUACAUUUUCAUGUGGUUCUUCAUCUAGGGAAUAUGUGAGAGAACACAUUAUUAUAAAAUUGGGAUUAGAUCUUUAAAUCAUAUAGAUCACUAUCUUCAUCAUAUAGUGGUUCUUGGAAGUUUGCCUUUAAUUUAGCUUCAGAUAUGCUUCAGUUUGCAUAACCAAGGCUUAUCACACUGCAAUUUUCUGGUAUAAGAGGAAUGCUGGGAAAUCUGAUUUUUCAAGAAAAGUACCUCAUAAGUUUGAUCCUAUCAGGCAUCAGUCAAAUGGGUGAAACAUUUUUGUUUACUCUUUCAAACAGAUUUUGAUUUUUCUAGAUUUUUUAAAAUGUACGAGCAUCGUUCAACUCAUACACACAAUACUAUACAUUAUACAUCAUGCUAACAACAAAAUUUUUAUCUAGCUUUAUCAGUAAUUUUAUACGUGGAUUUGAUAAUCAUAUAUAUCACUUGCUCUUAAGGCGUCAGUCAAAUGGUUGAAACGGUAUUACUGACGAUUUCUUAACGAUCAUAUUAAUUAUUAGUUGAUCCCAUAAUGUUAUACGAGAAGUAAUCAAAGUAAGUAUAUAGUAUGUAUGAGUAUGUAUGGUUACAUUAAAAAUGGAUUAAUUAGAAGUUUGCUAGCUAAAGCUGAGCUACUUUACCAAUCCGACAUCAUUGCACGUUUACGGAAUUGUAAAAGAAGGAAUAAAACUUGUAAAAUCAAUCAAUGACUCUUGCCAUAAAGAUUUAUAUUUAUUAAAAAAUUCUUAAAGCUAGAUUAUAUCAUCUUUUUUUUGUUAUUAUUUUUAUUAAUCCUCUGGCAUAUUGGGUUGAUCUGGUAAAAAUCAUUACUCAUUAGUCUUUUUUUCUCUGUGAUUGAGGUGUGAAAUUUAUCAUCUUACAUUAUUGUAGCAAUGACCCACCAAAAAAAAGCAUGUUCUUCUUCUUUUGUUCUGAAUAAAACCCAUCAAGAACGACUUUUGAAAGCUAACCAAGAAAGUGUCUUUUGAAACUCUAGAUUCUUGAAUUGCAAUGAAGGGAAUGAAGGAGAGAUUGGCCAAGAAAAUCAAACUCAUCACCAUUGUAUCAACCUUGAAGCAAGGCCUAGCUCAUCAUAGGAACAACGUUGACCGGACAAUCCAUCAUCUAAAAGAGGAAAUAUUCGCUGAGUCUGGUCAAAACAGAGGUUGUGUUACUCCAACGCUACUAGAGCUUGAAGAAGAUGUGGAAGAGCAAGAACAAGAACAUGAUCUUCAAGAAGAAGAAAGAGAGAUUCUCUUGGAGUUUGAAGAGAACUGCCCACCUGGAGGAGAAGAUUCGAUCGUAUUCUACACCACGGGACUACGAGGAGUGAGGAAAACAUUUGAAGCCUGUAGAAGAGUAAGAUUCUUGUUGGAGAAUCACAGGGUGAAGUAUAAAGAGAGAGAUGUAUCGAUGGACUCAGAGUUUAGAGACCAGAUGUGGAGGUUGCUUGGGGGUAAAGUUACAUCUCCGAGACUGUUCGUUAGAGGUAGGUACAUUGGAGGAGCAGACGAAGUUGUGGCAUUGAACGAGAACGGGAAGCUUAAAAAGCUUCUAGAAGGGAUCUCAUUAGUUGAUUCUCCCUGUGAAUUUUGCGAGAACGAAAGGUUUUUGAUAUGUUCUAGUUGUAAUGGAAGCUCUAGAUUGAUUGUAGAGCACCAUGACGAAGAAGAGACUAGUAAUGAUAGUAAGAUGUGGACGAGAUGCAGAGAAUGUAAUGAGAAUGGGCUUGUGAAAUGUCCUCUUUGUAGUUAAUGUUGUUGUAAUAACUACUACUAUCUGAUUUUAACUUUGUUUGAUUAAUGUCUGAACAUUACCAUGGUUCAAAACAUGUUCUUCUGUAUAAGGAUUUGCCUAGUCGUUUGUA